AAAACCUUGCAGAACAUGGGAGCCUGAGCUGCCAGAGACCAGCCCGGGGCUCCAGGGCACAGCAAGGGGAGCAACUUGCAGUGAUACACUUGGGAGAGUCCUCUUGAUGGGUUUGAACUGAGGGCCCCUGAAUAUAAAACCCCGAGCAUCUACUGAGCAGCUCUUUUGAAAUCCACUUUGAAAAUCAUCAUCCCUGCAUCCAGUUGUGCUUUGGACCUUGGGGCUCUGCAAAUCAUCCUAAAAGCUGUUUGGGAAGACAACUCCUGAGAUGAAGCUCUGAACUUACAUGGACACAAAUGCCCAGAAACACAGAAGAGUGGCCUGGAACUGUUGGUCUGAAGACCAUAAGAAAUGGGUGACUGGAGUUUCUUGGGGAACAUUUUAGAGCAGGUGAACGAGCAAUCCACUGUCAUCGGGAGAGUUUGGCUUACGGUGCUCUUCAUUUUCCGCAUCCUGAUCCUGGGCACGGCUGCCGAGCUGGUGUGGGGAGACGAGCAGUCAGACUUUGUGUGCAACACCCAGCAACCUGGUUGUGAGAACGUCUGCUACGAUGAGGCCUUCCCCAUCUCCCACAUCCGGCUCUGGGUCCUGCAGAUCAUUUUUGUAUCCACCCCUUCACUAAUGUACUUCGGGCAUGCUGUGCACCACGUCCGCAUGGAGGAGAAGAGGAAAGAGAGGGAGGAAGCUGAGAGGCGCCAGCAAGCUGAGGUGGAUGAAGAGAAGCUGCCCCUGGCUCCAAACCAAAACAAAGGCAACAACCCUGAUGGAACCAAGAAGUUUCGCCUGGAAGGUACUCUCCUGAGAACGUACAUCUUCCACAUCAUUUUCAAAACCCUCUUUGAGGUGGGAUUCAUAGUAGGUCAGUACUUCCUGUAUGGCUUCCGAAUUCUCCCCCUUUACCGCUGCGGGCGGUGGCCCUGUCCCAAUCUUGUGGACUGUUUUGUCUCCAGGCCCACGGAGAAGACCAUCUUCAUUAUGUUCAUGCUGGUGGUGGCUUCUGUGUCCCUCUUCCUCAACCUGGUGGAGAUCAGUCAUUUGAUCUUGAAAAGAAUCCGGAGGGCUCUGAGGAGACCGGCAGAGGAGCAGCUUGGAGAGGUCCCAGAGAAGCCUCUCCAUGCCAUCACAGUCCCUUCCAUCCCAAAGGCCAAAGGCUACAAGCUGCUGGAAGAAGAGAAGCCGGUGUCCCACUAUUUCCCUCUCACGGAAGUAGGGGUUGAGCCCAGCCCCCUUCCAUCAGCCUACAAUGAGUUUGAGGAGAAGAUUGGAAUGGGGCCACUGGAAGAUCUCUCCAGGGCAUUCGAUGAGAGGUUACCAUCAUAUGCGCAAGCGAAGGAACCAGAAGAGGAGAAGGUACGAGCAGAGGAGGAGGAACGAGAGGAGGAGCAGCCAGGGCCUCAGGAAGAGCCAGGGGUGAAGAAAGCAGAAGAGGAGGUGGUGAGAGAUGAAGUGGAAGGGCCUUCAGCACCUGCUGAACUUGCCGCUGAUAUGAGACCCCUGAGCAGGCUAAGUAAAGCCAGCAGCCGGGCCAGGUCAGAUGAUUUGACUGUAUGAAGGUGCAGGAUGCGGGGAGCACAUGGAAAGGAAAAGGUUGAAGAGGAAAGGAGAGAUAGAGAAAGAGAAAGAAUCAAAAAAUAUUUUUAAGCAAAGUGCUAAAAUGGCCACUUGAAUAUUAUUUCCUUUUAUGAUUCUCAACUGGAAAGGUACUACCAUGGUAACAGUGCCUUAUUUGCCCCGUAUGUCCCUGUAUUUCCCACAUACCAGCUCACUCCUUACAGUAAUAUCUACACUGUGCAGAUAACUGAUGUAUUUUAAAGCCUAAUAUGGCAGUGAUACCCAAAUGUCACCACUGUGAUCAUAUUUACUGAAAGCCUUGUGUUCCACAUUUCUCUAGGAAUGUGGGGCGGAUCUGUCUUUCAGCCAGUGAGGGGAAAGGCUGAUCAACAACUGUAUCUAGUCUUUCUCUUUCUGUUUCCUCCUAUGGCUCACUGAGCAGAUCUCCCCUUUGCUGUUGGCAUGGAAUUGCAGUUAUUUAAUUCACAAAGUGAAUUCUAUGCUUAGC